CGCGAAACUAACAUUCUACCUCAGGUUGGCAGGCAGCGUGCGGGCGUUUUGAAAGUGCCUUCAAUGCGAGGGGAAAGUUGUUUGGUCAUUGUACUUUGACCUGAGCUGGUCCGGCAGAGUAGAAGGUUCUGAACUGAAAUUGUCCUGGUGAGGUUUGAAUUCUCUCCUCUGGAUUGUACAUACAGGCUUUGGAUUACUACCUGAAAAGCCACCCUGAAAUGAUCACUCUUAAGCACCAAUGUUUAUAACAAUGUCCAGAAAGAUGGUCUGAGGAGCCUUGGAACACAGAGGACGUACCUUAUUUCUCUGAACUAUAAUUGCCAUGACAGCCAAGAUGUGCUUCUCAGUCCUGGAGGUUUGGUUGCUGCUGGUGGUACUCAUUGGUGCAGAUGCUGCCCGCAUGAUUUGGAAAAACUGUAGUCACAUCGCGUUGAAUUUCCCAGUUCUUUGCCUCGGUAAUCCUUUAAGGGCGACUUGCCUGUUGAGAAGUGAAACUUGCGCUUUUAACUACAAGGUUAACCCAACUGACGUGGUCUGGCGAAUGAACAAGGAAGAGAUUUCACGAACCCAGUACAGUGUGUUGAAUGACCAAGUGUCCAUGGUCACCAUACCCAGUUUCAAUCAACUCAGAGGGAACCUGACUUGUUCUUUCCGUUACAAUGGAUCACUGCAGCUACUUCAGUGGGCUGAAGUCAGAGCUGGAUAUCCUCCAAUGAAACCACGCCUUCUGUCCUGCACAUCAUACUGGACCUCAUUUGCAAUCCAGAGCAUUGUUUGUAAUUGGGAUCCAGGAUCUGAAACACACCUGGAAACAAAUUACACAUUGCAUGUAUCGGAAACCACUGGAAAUUGCAGUACCAGAUAUUUAAAACCAAAGAAUUGUACUACAAAUAGGACAAAGAAUUCAUGUAUGGUUCUUGUUUCAAAUUUGGUUUCCUACCAUGACAUCUGGGUUACAGCUAAGAAUGCACUUGGCACAGAAAUGUCCAACCACAAGUGCCUUGAUGGCAUGCUAAUAGUAAAAUUCAAAGCUCCUCAAAUAACUGAAAUGACACAGGAUACAGAACAAAAUGACUGCUUAAUUGGACGAUGGAAGAUGCCCUUUGAGAUGACUAAUCAUAGCAAGGCUGCUUUUGAGAUCCAGUACAAGGCACUUGAUGAAGAGAAAUGGAUCCAGGUUCCCUUAACAACAAUAAAUAGUACAUUCUUCAGACAGUGUAGUCUCUUGCCUUACACUGAGUACCAGCUGAAGAUUCGUUGUAAGCAGAAAACUGAGACCAGUCCAUGGAGUGAAUGGAGUCAUGAGAACACAGGCAUUACAGCAGAGGGUGUUCCAACUCAAAAACUACAACUCUGGAGAAGUAUUGAGAUGCCCAAUUCAGAAGGAAUACGCAGGGUGCGCCUAAUGUGGAAGCCACUGAGAAAAAGUACAGCAAAUGGAAAGAUUUUGGGUUACAGGAUCAGGUUGCAUAAACCAGAGCUUCAAGUAUACAACACUUCAUUCUUAGAGAGCACCUUCCAUCUGCCUGAUGGUAACUACAGAAUCCAAGUAUCUGCCUACAAUUCAGUGGGAGAAUCUCCAAAGGCUCAGAUUGUCAUUCCAUCAUCUAAAAAACUCGGUUUGCCAUCAUUGCCCCAUGUUCUUGCUUUUUCAAAUGGAAACAACAGCCUUCUGAUACAAUGGGAGCCUCCCAGUACAACAACAACUGGUUAUGUGGUCGAAUGGUGUGUAGUGUCUGAGAAAAUUGCCUGCAAUAUCAACUGGCAAAAUGUCCCUGCCAAUAAUACAGAAGUAAUUGUACAAGAUAACAUUAAGCCAAUGCAUCUAUACAACAUUUUGGUUUAUCCUGUUUUUGAUGACUUACCAGGCUUUCCAGCAUCUACUCAAGCGUAUUCAAAAGAAGGCACUCCAAGACGCAGUCCAGAAAUUCGCUCUAAACAGAUCUGGAAGACCAAAGUUCACCUCGAAUGGCAUGAGCUUCCAAUUGAUGAUCGGAAUGGUUUCAUCAGGAAUUAUACAGUAUUAUAUAAGAAUAGGAUUGGCAAGCUGAAAUCUGUUGUCGUCAAUGGAUCUGAGCACAAUUGUAUCCUUGCUGGCCUGUCACCAAACACAGAGUAUGACGUGAGCAUCGUGGCCUCAACAGAUGCAGGAAAUGCUACUGGCUCCAAUCUGGCCAUUACUACCAAGACAUUUGAUGAUGGAGAAGUGGAACUGUUUCUGAUGUGCGUCUUUUCUUUCUCUCUGUUUACGGCCCUGGCUUUAAUUGCAGCCUUCGUCUACCAACGACACAGAAUUAAGAAACAUUUCUGGCCCAACAUUCCAGAUCCUGCAAAUAGCACCCUCGCUCAGUGGAUGCCAAAAAAAACUAUGGCAGGAUGUAAAAGACCUUCAGGAGGAUCAUAAUCCAAAGACUCAAGUCCAAGUUGUUCAUUGUGGGGGUCUGGCCAAAUCCAACAUCAAUGGCACCAAAUAUUACUGGAUACAGGGCACCAAGAGUGGGAGCAGUGCUAAGUGCGUCACCACCAGCCUGAAUGAAGCCAAGAGCAGCACCAAGCAAUCCCCACAGGAAUUCAUCGCCCAGCAAAAUGAGUUCAAUCCACAGGAACUGGAACACUUCCAGCACCUCGAACCAGAGCACAGCAGAGUGACCAUAAAUGAGUACAAGAAACACAGGAAUGCAACAUUUGCUGUUCUCCCAUCAAACUCAACAUCACCUCUUCUCACUUGCUUAUCUCAAGUUGUUCCUCACGAUGAACAUAGUCUGUUAUCGCUAUUUCAGAGCAUUCCAGGUGACGGCCACGGUAAAACUCCACAGGAGUCGAGUCGUGUACUUGACGAACAGGAAAUGUUGUGCAGCUUUCCAUUUUUAAUGAACUUGCAUAAUCAUUCAAGCUCUGAAAUAUUAACUUAAAUAUUUAAAGUCAUAUACUGUGAUGCAAAAGUUGCAUGGGACCAGCUAAUCAUUGUACUUGUGCCAGAAGUAUUAUUGUUGGCUGAUAGUGUGCCUUCAUGAUAGUUAAUGGUUCAUUACCAAAUACACCUAAGGCUCUUUUCUGGAGCAAUCUGCUUGUUCUAUCACUGAGGGAAAAUGAUCGGAAUUUAUUUUUUAAAAAAAAACACCUCUCCCUCAUCUACUUUUAAGUUUUAUCUACUUUCUAAAAGUUCCUGUGCAGCAAAAUCUGAUUAACCUUGUUAGUGUUAACAUUUUAAUGGGUUUUCAGAGUGAUCAUUGUGCAUCAGUUCUGAAAGGUAGACCAAGAUGAAAUAAAACUAUAUGAUCGAACCUAGAACAA